AUGACCGGGGGCGCGCCGGCGGCGGCGGCGGCGGACGAGGUCCGAGUGGCCCUGGGCGCGCCGCCCUCCGGCUCCAGCCCCGGGGCGGCCGAGCGCGGCGCGGCGCUCCCGGAGAGCCCCGGGGCCACGGAGCGCGGCGCGGACGCGGGCGCCGACGAGGAGCCGCGCGUGCCGUACCCCGCGCUGGCGGCCACGGUCUUCUUCUGCCUCGGGCAGACCACGCGGCCGCGCAGCUGGUGCCUGCGGCUGGUGUGCAAUCCGUGGUUCGAGCACGUCAGUAUGCUGGUCAUCAUGCUCAACUGCGUGACCCUGGGCAUGUUCCGACCCUGUGAAGAUGUGGAGUGCCGCUCGGAGCGCUGCAGCAUCCUGGAGGCCUUCGACGACUUCAUCUUCGCCUUCUUCGCGGUGGAGAUGGUCAUAAAGAUGAUCGCUCUGGGCCUCUUCGGGCAGAAGUGUUACCUGGGCGACACCUGGAAUAGACUAGAUUUCUUCAUCGUCAUGGCGGGCAUGAUGGAAUACUCUUUGGACGGGCACAACGUGAGCCUCUCGGCCAUCCGGACCGUGCGUGUGCUGCGGCCCCUUCGCGCCAUCAACCGUGUGCCCAGCAUGCGGAUCCUGGUCACACUGCUGCUGGACACGCUGCCCAUGCUGGGCAAUGUCCUUCUGCUCUGCUUCUUCGUCUUCUUCAUCUUUGGCAUCGUGGGUGUCCAGCUCUGGGCUGGUCUGCUGCGCAACCGCUGCUUCAUGGACAGCACCUUUGUCAGGAACAACAACCUCACCUUCCUGCAGCCUUAUUAUAUGCCGGAGGAGGGCGAAGAGAACCCAUUCAUCUGUUCUUCACGCCGCGACAAUGGCAUGCAGAAGUGUUCGCACAUCCCCAUCCGUCGUGAGCUGCGUGUGGAAUGCACACUGGGCUGGGAGGCUUAUGGACAGGCCGAGGGUGCAGGCGCUGGCCACAACGCCUGCAUCAACUGGAAUCAGUACUACAACGUCUGCCGCUCUGGUGACUCGAACCCUCACAAUGGUGCCAUCAAUUUCGACAACAUCGGCUAUGCCUGGAUCGCCAUCUUCCAGGUGAUCACGCUGGAGGGCUGGGUGGACAUUAUGUACUACGUCAUGGAUGCGCAUUCCUUCUACAACUUCAUCUACUUCAUUCUGCUCAUCAUCGUGGGAUCCUUCUUCAUGAUCAACUUGUGCCUGGUGGUGAUCGCCACGCAGUUCUCCGAGACAAAGCAACGGGAACAUCAGCUGAUGCGGGAGCAGCGGGCGCGGUACCUGUCCAACGACAGCACGCUGGCCAGCUUCUCGGAGCCUGGCAGCUGCUACGAGGAGCUGCUCAAAUAUGUGGGCCACAUCUGCCGGAAAUUCCGGCGCCGCAGCCUGCGCCUCUGUGCCCGCUGGCAAAGCCGUUGGUGCAAGAAGGUGGAUCCGAGCAGUGCCCCGCACAGCCAGGACUCCAGGCGCCGGUGCACAGCCCCUGUCCACCACCUGGUCUACCACCAUCAUCAUCAUCACCACCACCACUACCACCUCAGCCAUGGCAGCCCCCGCCGGCCUGGCCCCGAAGCCACUGGCCCGAGCAGCAGGAUAGUUCCAGCAGGGGCGCCGCCCUCACCUGGCCACAGGCCCAGUGUGGAAUCUGUGCGUAGUGUGUAUCACGCUGACUGCCACGUCGAGGGGCCACAGGAGAGGCCACAGUCCGUCUGCACCGCUGCUGCCACUGCAGCCAGCCUCAAGCUGGCCGCGGGACUGGGCGCCCGGAACUACCCCACCAUCCUGCCCUCGGGCUUAGGCAGCAGUAAAGGCAGUGCCAGGCCCAAGGGGACAAAGGCAAGGGGGUCUCCGGGGGCCGGAAAGCACAGCCCUCUGAGUCUAAGCCCCAGUCCCCAUGAGAAGAUCCAGCACCUGGUUGGGGAGCAUGGUCUGGGCCAGGCCCCCAGUCGCCUGUCGGGCCUGAGUGUACCCUGCUCGCUGCCCAGCCCACAGGCUGGCACUCUUACCUGUGAGCUGGGCAGCUGUCCGUACUGUGCCAGAGCCCUGGACGACCUUCAGCUGGAGCUGAGCGGGUCUGAGAGCGGGGACUCAGAAGGCGAGCGGGUGUACGAGUUCACACAGGAUGUGCGGCAUGGAGACCACCGUGACCCCACAGAGCAGCCCCCCACCGGCGCAGGUGGUCCGAGGCACACACACCCCAGUGAGUGGGGUGGGCCAGGCCGCGUCUGGGGCAUCCUCAGUGCCAAGCUGCUCCGCAUUGUAGACAGCAAGUACUUCAACCGUGGCAUCAUGGCGGCCAUCCUCACCAACACGCUCAGCAUGGGCGUCGAGUACCACGAGCAGCCCGACGAGCUGACCAAUGCCCUGGAGAUAAGCAACAUCGUGUUCACCAGCAUGUUCGCGCUGGAGAUGCUGCUGAAGCUGCUGGCCUACGGGCCGCUGGGCUACAUUCGCAGCCCCUACAACAUUUUCGAUGGCGCCAUCGUGGUCAUCAGUGUCUGGGAGAUCGUGGGGCAGGCAGACGGCGGGCUCUCGGUGCUUCGGACCUUCCGGCUGUUGCGUGUGCUCAAGCUGGUGCGCUUCAUGCCCGCGCUACGGCGCCAGCUGGUUGUGCUCAUGCGCACCAUGGACAAUGUGGCCACCUUCUGCACGCUGCUCAUGCUCUUCAUCUUCAUCUUCAGCAUCCUCGGCAUGCAUCUGUUUGGCUGCAAGUUCAGCCUGAAGACGGACACUGGGGACACAGUCCCAGACAGGAAGAACUUCGACUCCCUGCUGUGGGCCAUUGUCACAGUGUUCCAGAUUCUCACGCAGGAGGACUGGAACGUCGUCCUCUACAAUGGCAUGGCCUCCACUUCCUCCUGGGCUGCCCUCUACUUUGUGGCCCUCAUGACCUUUGGCAACUAUGUCCUUUUCAACCUGCUGGUGGCCAUCCUGGUGGAGGGUUUCCAGGCGGAGGGUGACGCCAACAGAUCAGACACGGAUGAGGACAAGCUGUCAACCCACCUGGAGGAGGACUUGGACAAGCUCCACAGCCUGGGGUCUGCGGACAUGAAGAUGUACUCGCUCACAGUGGUCCCCAAUGGGCACCUGGAAGCCUGGGGCAGCCUGCCCCCUCCCCUUAUCAUGCGCACAGCGGCCACCCCCAUGCCCACGCCCAAGAACUCCCCACACCUGGACACCGCCCUCAGCCUCCUGGAGUCCCGCAGGGGAAGCAGCUGCUCCGUGGAACCCCAGCCGGGCGACCAGAAGUCACCGUCCAGUCUCCGCAGCUCCCCCUGCACGCCCUGGGGCCCGGGCAGCGCCUGGAGCAGCCGCCGCUGCAGCCGCCACAGCCUGGGUCGCGCGCCCAGCCUCAAGCGCCGGAGCCAGUGCGGCGAGCGCGAGUCGCUGCUGUGGGGCGAGGGCAGGGGCAGCACCGACGACGAGGCCGAGGACGGGCGGCCCCUCGCCCACGGCAGCUCGCUGGACCUGCAGCCCGCGCAGCCCAGCGCCCUGCUGCCCAAGGUCCAGGACGGCCCCGGGCAGGGCCUGGCGUUGCCCAGCGAGUUCUUCCUGCGCAUCGACAGCCAGAAGGACGACGGCGCCGACUUGGACGAGGACGUGGAGGACAGCUGCUGCGCCCGUCUUCACAAGGUUCUGGACCCCUACAAGCCCGAAUGGUGCCGGCAGCGGGAGCCUUGGUCCCUGUACCUUUUCUCCCCACAGAACAGCUUCCGGGUCUCCUGCCAGAAGAUCAUCGCCCACAAGUUCUUUGAUCACGUGGUCCUUGUCUUUAUUUUCCUCAACUGCAUCACCAUCGCACUGGAGCGGCCAGACAUCGACCCUGGCAGCAAUGAACGCGUCUUCCUCAGUGUCUCCAACUACAUCUUCACAGCCAUCUUCGUGACCGAGAUGAUGGUGAAGGUGGUGGCUCUGGGGCUGGUCUCUGGCGAGCAUGCCUACCUGCAGAGCAGCUGGAACGUGCUGGACGGACUGCUGGUGUUGGUGUCCCUGGUGGACAUCAUCGUGGCCAUGGCUUCUGCUGGUGGUGCUAAGAUCCUGGGCAUCCUGCGAGUCCUGCGUCUGCUGCGCACACUCAGACCGCUAAGGGUCAUCAGCCGAGCCCCAGGCCUGAAGCUGGUGGUGGAGACGCUAAUCUCGUCGCUCAGACCCAUCGGGAACAUUGUGCUCAUCUGCUGCGCCUUCUUCAUCAUCUUUGGCAUCCUGGGGGUGCAGCUCUUUAAGGGGAAGUUCUACUACUGCGAGGGCUCGGACACCAGGAACAUCUCUACCAAGGCAGAGUGCCGGGCUGCCCACUACCGCUGGGUGCGGCGCAAAUACAACUUUGACAACCUGGGCCAGGCCCUGAUGUCCCUGUUCGUGCUGUCAUCGAAGGAUGGCUGGGUGAACAUCAUGUACGAUGGACUGGACGCUGUGGGUAUUGACCAACAGCCCGUGCCCAACCACAACCCCUGGAUGCUGCUGUACUUCAUCUCCUUCCUGCUCAUCGUCAGCUUCUUCGUGCUCAACAUGUUUGUGGGCGUCGUGGUGGAGAACUUCCACAAGUGCCGGCAGCACCAGGAGGCCGAGGAGGCGAGGCGGCGGGAGGAGAAGCGGCUGCGGCGGCUGGAGAGGAAGCGCCGGAAGGCCCAGCGCCGGCCCUACUAUGCCGACUACCCUCCCACCCGCCGCUCCAUCCACUCCCUGUGUACCAGCCACUACCUGGACCUCUUCAUCACCUUCAUCAUUGGCAUCAACGUCAUCACCAUGUCUAUGGAGCACUACGACCAGCCCAAGUCCCUGGAUGAGGCUCUGAAGUACUGCAACUACGUGUUCACGAUCGUCUUUGUCAUCGAGGCAGUGCUGAAGCUGGUGGCCUUUGGGUUCCGGAGGUUCCUCAAGGACAGGUGGAACCAACUGGACCUGGCCAUCGUGCUGCUGUCCAUCAUGGGUAUCACGCUGGAGGAGAUCGAGAUGAGCGCCGCGCUUCCCAUCAACCCCACCAUCAUCCGCAUCAUGAGGGUCCUGCGCAUCGCCCGUGUGUUGAAGCUGCUGAAGAUGGCCACGGGUAUGCGGGCCCUGCUGGACACAGUGGUGCAGGCGCUGCCCCAAGUGGGGAACCUCGGCCUGCUUUUCAUGCUCCUGUUUUUUAUCUAUGCUGCCUUGGGAGUCGAGCUAUUUGGAAGGCUGGAGUGCAGUGAAGAUAACCCAUGUGAGGGCCUGAGCCGCCACGCCACUUUCACCAACUUCGGCAUGGCCUUCCUCACGCUCUUCCGCGUGUCCACGGGGGACAACUGGAAUGGCAUCAUGAAGGACACGCUGCGUGAGUGCGCCCGCGAGGACAAGCACUGCCUCAGCUACCUUCCAGCCAUCUCGCCCGUCUACUUCGUCACCUUCGUGCUGGUGGCCCAGUUCGUGCUGGUUAAUGUGGUGGUGGCCGUGCUCAUGAAGCACCUGGAGGAGAGCAACAAAGAGGCACGAGAGGAUGCCGAGCUGGACGCCGAGCUGGACGCCGAGUUGGAGCCAGAGUGGAAUCAGGGGUCGCCACCUGGAGCCCAGCCUCGCCUUGGCGUCACACCCGACAGCCCCCCGCUCCUGACUGUGCGCAAGGUGUCGGCGUCCAGGGCCCUCUCGCUGCCCAAUGACAGCUACAUGUUCCGGCCUGUCAUGCCUGCUGCUGCCCCACGGCCACAGCCACUGCAGGAACUGGAGUUGGAAGUGUACACAGGUGCCACCUCAGGCGAAACCUCCUCCCCGCUCUCACCACCUGCCAGCCCCUGGAUGUCCUCGCACGCCCCUGCGGUCAUCAACUCACCCUCUCGCAGCAGAGAUGCCCUCCGGCCAGUGCCCGCAACCCCUCGAGGUCCCACUCGCACCCCCAGCCUCAGCCACCUAUUCUGCAGACAGGAGACUGUAUGCACAGAUGGCCCAGAAGGACACGUGGACAGCUCCAGAGUCAGCGGCUCGGGCUGGACACAGCCUGAGGGGAAGGUCCCCGUGAGGGCACCGUCUUUGGGGUCCUCCCAUCGGUCCCCACCCUGCUCCCCCAGACCCGCCGGUACCCGUUCCCGCAAACCCACCCCGAGGCAACUCUGUGUGCCCGGCCUAGACCCGGCACCGAGCAGCAGCGGGGAAACUGAGGCCCCGGAUCUGGCCGACGAGGAGGUCAGCCACAUCAACAGUGCUGCCCCGCCAGGGCCUGGGCCAGGGGGUGGCUUCCUGGACCUGCCUGGACGACCGGCAGAGCCCCACUGGGCAUCAGCUGAGCUGGAAGGGGAAGCGGGGCCCACAGCUGAGCUUGCUACUGGGACACGCCGAAAGAAGAAGAUGAGCCCUCCUUGCAUCUCCGUGGAGCCUCCGGCCGAGGAUGACGGUGCCACGAGGCCCCCAGGGGCCGAGGGCAGCUGCACCACACUGCGCCGCAGGACCCCAUCCUGUGAGCCGGCCCCACACAGGGACACCCUGGAGCCCACUGAGGGUGAGCGGCGAGCACCAGCCCCUGGCCGCCCUGAGCACCUGGCCGUGCCCUGCUUCGCCUAUGACACUCUGGACACGGAGGGCCCAGGUGGGGACUUGGUCGUGCACGGCAGUCACGGCACACGACCAGAUCCCAGCAAUCCUGCCCCGGGGACCUCUGAUUCCCUCGUCCCCUCCAGAGGGUCCCCAGAAAGAGGGCAAGACACUCACCUGGGCCUCCCCCAGAGCUCCCCCCACAGAGCAGGGCCUCCGCUGGGCACCCCCACUUCAGACGACACUAUAGUUGAGCCCCUGUAACCCCACAGGCCCCACACAGCCUGGCAGUGACGGGGGUGACCCCGUAGGGCCAAGCACGGACCUGAGUUGGGCCCUCACAGCCACAGGGAUGCGCUGCCCAUGAGAGGGGCGCAGACACUGACCCCACUGAGGCCGCAGGCACCAUGCACGCGGUCAGAGCCAGGAAGAGGGUGCUCCAUGGUCACUCAUGCAGGGGCACCUGCCACGCCUCCUCGUAGAUCAGCCCUUGUUUCCACUGCCUGCAAACACUCCCCAUUAGCCCUUCAACACUGCAGAGGUCACCUAGGCUAUGGGAUAGGGUCCCCCCCAUAAACCCCCUGGCUGGGGGUGGGUCUAUUCAGGUCAAAGGUGCAAUAACAGGAUCUGAGCACUGGCUCCUCGGACCCAGGGCCAGGCACAGGUGGCAAAUAAACACUAACUUAUUGA